GUAUCAAAAAGUAUAAAGAGUGACCUAGAGUACAGUGGGUAACAAAAUAUCAAGAUGGCGGACGAGCGCGAUCCAGCCGAGAGAGUGCGGAGACUUGUCCAAUACGCUGGGCAAGUUGAGGUUGAUAAUAGCAUAGAACCUAAGAAAUACUUCAGAUCUGGUGUAGAAAUGGAGCGAAUGGCAAGGAUAUAUCAUGAUGAAGGAAAUCUGGAAAGUGCAUUUAUUUUGUAUUCGAAAUUCAUCACAUUGUUUGUGGAAAAACUUCCUUCACAUCCAGAAUAUGCCAAGGCAGCACCAGGAGACAAAGCAACAAAUAAGAAGAGCCUCAGAAGAGUAUUUGGUGAAGCUGAGGAAUUAAAAGGAAUUUUAAAGGGAAAGUAUCAGAAGGAAUAUGAACAGUUAAUGGUUGAAGAGGCUAGAAAGAAAGAAGAGGAAGAAACCAAAAGAAAAGAGUUUGAGAAAAGGGAAGCUGAAGAAAAAGCACGAAAAGCACAGGCAGCCCAGCAAAUAGCACCACAGCAUAACAACACAUCAAGGCCUCAUACAGAGACCCCAAGUGUUACUCCAAGUGCACCGCCACUGAUUGAGGAUUACCUUGCCCCACCCACCUCCUAUCAGGAGUCAUCUGACAGUCCAAAUUCAAUAGUGGGUAAUAAUCAGCGUGAACAUGGCACCCCUAGUGACAACAAUCAAACACAUAGCACGAUGCCAUCACCACCUAGCUACUCAUCACUCUUCUCUGUACAAACACCAAGUGUCCCAACAAUUGACAGGUCCACCAAACCAGUCAUGUCUGCAGAUGCGUCAUCAAGUGGCCUCAGAAAAAUGCAUGUUCCAGCAGAACUCAUCAGUCAGUUCCUACGUCUGGCAUCUAACAAUACAAGGAAAAACCUUGAAACCUGUGGCAUUCUAGCAGGCCGACUUCAAAGCAACAUGUUCUGCAUUACUCAUUUGUUGAUCCCCAAGCAAACCUCAACAUCAGAUUCCUGCACAACUCUGAAUGAGGAGGAUCUGUUUGAUUAUCAAGAUUCUCACAAUCUAAUUACAUUGGGUUGGAUACAUACACACCCAUCACAGACAAGCUUCAUGUCCAGUGUUGAUCUUCACACCCAUUGCAGUUAUCAGCUUAUGAUGCCAGAAGCAAUUGCUAUUGUGUGUGCUCCGAAGUUUGAUGAGACUGGUGUGUUUUCUCUCACCCCAGAUUGGGGUCUUCAAUUUAUUUUGAAUUGUAAAAAGCCAGGAUUUCACCCACAUCCCAAAGAGCCUCCACUAUAUGAGGAGAGUUCACAUAUAUUAUGGGACAAGGUUGCAAGAGUGGAUGUUGUUGACUUAAGAUUUAAAAAAUAGAAAGAUAUCAGCUUAAACUUGCCACUGAAACUAUAAUUUUCAAUUGCCAAACAAACCGUCAAAAUGUAACAAAGUAUAAAGGUAACAUAGUGGAAGAGAAAAUUUCAGUUUAGAACACAAAACAGUAGUUAACCACUAUGAGCAAAGUGGAGGUGGCUAAUGGUGGUUUAUACAGUGAGGUAGUUCCUGUUUACUAGCCACCAAUACUGAGGGAAUAGUUGUUUUAGUGUUUAUUAAAACAGUGAUAUAGUAGGGCACAAAAAGGCGAUUUUCACUCCCUUAUUACUGUUGCAA